AGCAGACGACGUUUUGGUUCUUGGCGCAACGCGAGAGGAGCACGACCAGAACCUUCACCGAUUUUUGCAGCGCUGUUUAGAAAGGAACAUCAAGCUAAAACGAGAGAAGAUCGAGUUGCGUAGGACGGAAGUGGUGUUUCAUGGACAUGUGCUAAGCUCCGAAGGACUGAAACCAGACCCAGAGAAAGUCAGGGCCAUCAAACAGAUGCCUCCUCCUACUGACGUGAAAGCCGUUAGCAGGCUGAAUGGGAUGGUGAAUUACCUAAGUCGUUUCUUGCCCAGAUUAGCCGAUGUAAUGGUACCGAUUCGAAAACUGACGCAUAAGAGUGAGAAGUGGCAUUGGGACGCGGAGCCGGAGAGAGCAUUUCAGAAAAUAAAGGAAUUGAUCAGGAGCGCCCCUCUUCUCGCUUACUAUAACCCAGCAUUCCCGCUCGAGAUCCAGUGUGACAGCAGUCAGUAUGGUAUCGGAGCCGUACUCAUGCAGAACGGUACGCCUAUCGACUUUCGCAGCCGGACGCUGACAGAGACCGAGCGUCGUUACGCGCAAAUAGAGAAAGAAAUGCUUUCAUUGGUUUACGCCGUGGAGCGUUUCAAUGACUAUACGUUUGACCGCAAAUCCACCACCUUUACCGACCACAAGCCCCUUGUGUCGAUCGCUAGCAAGCCGCUCCAUGUUGUUUCACGCCGCCUGCAAAGGACGCUUAUUCGUCUGCAGAAGUAUGAUCUAGAGAUUUUCCACCGGUUAGGAUCCCAGAUGCACAUUGCGGACACGCUGUCAAGAGCGCACAUGUCAGACUCGCCAGGAAAGGAAUAAGACCCAACUUUUGUCCAUGCAACCCAGCUGAUCGUCGUCACUGAGGAACACUUGCACCAUCUCCAACCAUACACUGAGAAGGACGAAUUGUGUAGGCUACUGAAGCACACGAUCAUGAACGAAUGGCCCGAAGCCAAGAAAAAGUUACCAAAGGAUCUGACUCCAUUCUUCCAUUUUCGUGAUGAACUCAUUGCUCAGGAUGGAUUAAUAUUCAAACGCACCACAACAAUGGUUCCAAAUGCACUGCAGCGUUCGAUGCUGGAGCUGAUACAAUGUGCACAUUUAGGAACCAACAGCUGCGUGGCAAAAGUUAGAGAACUGUUUGUUCUGGCCCGGAAUGACCAGCCAACUACGUGACUACGUCUCCAAUUGUGUAGCAUGCAGAGCACACGACGUACGCCAGCCAAAAAUACCGAUGAUGCUACGUGACGUUCCUGACAGAUGGUUGCACUAGACAUUUUUUCUCACGAUGGAGGGAAUGAUUUGAUUGUGGUAACUUAUUUUAGUGACUACUUCGAGAUCGAUGCACUUACGACGACUGGUAUGCAAUCCAUGGUGAACAAGUUGCGAUGCCAAUUCGC